GGCUGUUAACUCUUUUGUGGAGCCGCGGAUGUGGUACGGCGCCUUGACAACCCGGUCGGAGAGGGCCGGUGUAGGUCGGGGCGUUUCCGGUCCACACUGGGCUGCACAAUGGUGUGCAAGUUGCUAUCUGAAUGAGCGAUGGAGUGUAGGUUAUGAGCAUGAUGUGGAAAAUAAUAAGUGGACGAGUGUAUUUUAGUGUGUUACGAGUGAAUCGCAGCUUGUGUAUGUGUGGGAUUUCGUGAGCGUGCGCGGAGAGACGUCACUCGCAGUUAGCUGGCUAAAUGUUUUCGAUGGAUGAACUGGAUGUGGCUCAAAGUGGUGUAUCGGAGUUCAAAAACGCCAGUUGAUGAGACUUUGAAAAAAUAAAUCUGUGUCUAUGGAUUAAUUCACCUCUGCCAAUUCUGUUUUCAACCAUGGUAACGCUUUUCAUCUGUCUUAAUUCGAACAUUGCUACACUUGAUAGUCGUAUUCGUCCAGCAGCUUCUGGGCGUCAACUCUCCUGUUCGACUUCUAGUCACAACAUCUCUGUGCGUCUCUAACCUUCUUUCUUAGCAGCAGAAAGGUCGGAAACGUGAAGCGCGUCAUGAAUGCUGGGUUGAAUUUUAAUACAAUCGGAGGCGCCUGUCAUCAAAUGGACCGAUUGCGCCAAACACUCCAGUCAUGUUAUUCUUCGUUCCCAGUAUUGGAACGUCGCUUGUCGCCGAUAUGUUGCAAAAGCUUCGUGACACGAAGUUUGUCCAAGCGGCAACGCCGUACAUUUGCACGUCCACUUCCGGGUCAUUCGAAAUAUACCAAAACUAGCACACGCGCGUCAAUGAACAUGUACACAAUGAACAAUACAUCUAACCCUACUUUACAGGUGACCCUCAAGCCUCACUUAGUUUAGCUUGCUAACAUAGCGACGCAAGUGUGAGCGUCAAGUGGAGUGUUUAUCGUGGGAAAAUGUGUGCAAGAAGGACCGCAGAGGACGAGGAACUUUGUGAACCAAAAGCGCCACAACGCGUAGCAGACCUCAGUGAAGAUCUUUGUCCAGCGCAACAAGAGCCAGAGUCCCCUACCAUUAAAGAGGAAGAGGAGCCACAGUCCCCUUAUAUUAAAAAAGAGGUGGAUAAAGAGGUCCCCCACAUCAAAGAGGAAGAGGAGGAGCAGGACAUCACCAAGUUGCCAUCGACCGGUGUCCCUCAGAAGAGUGAAGAUGAAGGUCAAAGUGAGGAGAACAGAGGGGCGGAGCCUCUAAGCAACAUCAGCUCAAGUCAACACAUGACAGCAGACAGUGAUGUAGACCACUGUGGAGGAUCACAAGUAGAUGUCCUCUUAGCUCCACCAUCAGGUAGUGACGACACAGCGUCACAUUCUCCUCACAACGAUGAGGAUGAUGAUGAUGAUCAGUCUGAAGAUCAGGUGAGAUGUCACACUGACAACCAACGCUGGAAAUGUUCUCAGUGUGGGAAAAUCUUUGGCUACAAAUCUCUCUUGAAAAGGCACCUGAUGAGCCACAGCGGAGAGAAACCUUUUGCCUGCUCAGUUUGCGGCCAAAGAUUCUGUGAGAAGGGAAACUUGACAACACACACAAGAACCCACACUGGUGAGAAACCUUUUUCCUGCUUAGUUUGUGGUCAAAGAUUCUCUCGAAAGGGAAUCUUAAGAAGUCACUCAAGAACCCACACUGGAGAGAAACCUUUUUCCUGCUCGGUAUGUGGUCAAAGUUUCUCUCGAAAGGGAAUCUUAACAAGUCACUCAAGAACCCACACUGGAGAGAAACCUUUUGCCUGCCCAAUAUGUGGUCAAAGAUUCUCUCACAAGAAAAGCCUGACAAUACACACAAGAACACACACUGGAGAGAAACCUUUCUCCUGCUCAGUUUGUGGCCAAAGAUUCUCUGACAAGGGAACCUUGACAAAACACACAAGAACUCACACUGGUGAGAAACCUUUUUCCUGCUCAGUUUGUGACCAAAAAUUCUCUCAGAAGGGACAAUUAAGAAGUCACACAAGAACCCACACUGGAGAGAAACCCUAUUCCUGCUCAGUUUGUGGUGAAAGAGACGUCAGUGACGAUCUUCGUCUCGAGCAACAGGAGCCAGAGUCCCAACCCAUUGAAGAGCAAGAGGAGGACAAAGAACUCCCUCAGAUUAAAAUUGAGGAGGUGGUGCCACCAUAUAUCAAAGAGCAAGAGGAGGAUGAAGAACUCCCUCAGAUUAAAGUUGAGAAUUCUUAUAUCAAAGAGGAGGAGGAUGUGCCACCAUAUAUCAAAGAGGAAGAGGGGGAGGAAGACAUCACCAUGUUGCCAUAGACCGGUCUCCCUUUGAAGAGUGAAGAUGAAUGUCAAAGUGAGAAAAGCAGAGGCGCGGCAGUUCAAGUCAACACAUCACAACAGAAUGUGAUGGAGACCAGUGUGGAGGAUGCCAAGCUGACGGCAUCUUAGCCCCAGCAUCAGAUAGUGACGACGCAACAUCACACUCUCCUCACACUGAUGAUGAUGAAGAGUCUGAAGAUCACAAGACAGGUCACACUGCCAAGAAACGCUGGGAACGGUCUCAGUAUGGGGAAAACCUUUUCUUAUAAGUCUAAUUUGACACAUGUGACACAUGAGAAAACACACUACAGAGAAACAAUUAACCUGCUUAGCCAAACAUUCCUUAACACUCAAGAACAAACACUGGUGAGAAACCUUUUUCCUGCUCAGAUUGUGGUAAAAGAUUCUCUCAGAAGGGAAAUUUAGAAACCGUUUGUCUGCUCAGUUUGAGCUCAAAGAUUCUCUGAUAAAGGAAGCUUCAAAAGACACUAGAAUACACACUAGUGAGAAACCUUUUGCCUGGCCAAGAUUCUCUCGGAAGGGACACAUCAGUCACAGAAGAAUCCACAUUAGAGAGAAACCAUUUACCUGCUCAGUCUGUGGCCAAAGUUUCUCUCAGUAGGAUAGGGUGAGAGUAGCAGUGAUCAAUGAAGGUUUCGCCUCUCAUACAAGCAGGCUUCAUCAAUUCAUGCACCAAGGAUGAUUGUGUUCUGUGUUUGUUUUUUUGAAGGCCUGAUGUGAACAAUUGUUGCGAAUUAGCGCUCGAGCUAAAACACUAGUAGUACACAUCUGCUUUGCCCAAUGUUUUUCUGAUGUGAAUACCAACUAAGGAAACGAUUGAUAGAAAUAGACUGUGAGGAAACUUUGACUCUUUGGUGAGAUGGAAAACUACAUAUACUGUAUAAUACUGAAUCUUCUUUUCCUUUGGGCUUGUCCCUUUAGGGGUCGCCACAGCGCCUCAUCCUUUUCCAUGUAAGCCUAUCUCCUGCAUCCUCCUCUCGGACACCAACUGCCAGCAUGUCUUCCCUCACGACAUCCAUCAACCUUCUCUUUGGUCUUCCUCUCGCUCUCUUGCCUGGCAGCUCCAUCCUCAUCAUCCUUCUACCAAUAUACUCACUAUUUCUCCUCUGGACGUGUCCAAACCAUUGGAGUCUGCUCUCUCUAACUUUGUCUCCAAAACAUCGAACCUUGGCUGUCCCUCUGAUGAGCUCAUUUCUAAUUUUAUCCAACCUGGUCACUCCGAGAGCGAACCUCAACAUCUUCAUUUCCGCCACCUCCAACUCUGCUUCCUGUUGUUUCUUCAGUGCCACUGUCUCUAAUGCGUACAUCAUGGCUGGCCUCACCACUGUUUUAUAAACUUUGCCCUUCAUCCUAGCAGAGACUCUUCUGUCACAUAACACACCUGACACCUUCUUCCACCCGUUCCAACCUGCUUGGACCCGUUUCUUCACUUCCUGACCACACUCACCAUUGCUCUGGACGGUUGACCCCAAGUAUUUCAAGUCCUCCACCCUUGCCAUCUCUUCUCCCUGUAGCCGCACUCUCCCCCCCACCCCCCACCACCCC